AUGAAAAAAACUACAAUUGCAUCACUCGAAGGUAAUCAGAAAUAUCUUGAUUUUACUUUAUCAAGAUUAAAUAUUUACAAAAGUUAAAUUGAAAUUUAUAAGAUUGAAUAGCAAGAAAUUAAUGAAAGCGAUCUUAAGCUUUUAAAGUUUUUGAAUUUAGAAAGGGCUAAACAUACAGAUGAAAGUGCAGAAGGAGAUAACUGCAAUGAAUAGAAAAGGAUAUUAUUUCAAAGAGUUAAUUUUAUUAAGAGAAAGAUUGAUAUACUUCAAAAGGUUAGAAGAUAAUUAGAAAGAGAAUUGUAUUUGGAUGAUGAAUUAAAUAGAAAAAAUGGAUUAUCAGACGAUUAAGUGAAAGAAGCCUAAUUAAACAAAAUUAGUUAAGAACCAGAUAAAUAUAGUAAUUUGGUUUUGAAUUUGGACUACGAAUUAAAUUUAACUUAGGAAAGUAGAAGUAAAGAUGGUUAUGAUGUUGAAUAGUGGUUUAAUUUAUAAAAAGUAGAUUUUAGAACAUAAGCAACUAUUUAUGCUGCAGAUUCUAAAUAAAAUUUCUAUCGUUGGAUUUAAAUCUUUUAAAAUAAAAAUGAGUAUUAGCAUCUUUAUUUGUACAUCCAUGGCUUAGAAACUGAGACAGAAUUUUUUUAAUUUGAUGAUUUUAUUUCAACACUAAAAAUGUUUGAUAUCUGUUUCUAAACAGUUACUAUUGAUGUUCAAUUUGAAAAUAAUCUAUGCAUACUUGCUUUAUUAAGAUCUUUGAUGUCGAUAAAUAGGUUUAAUAUCCUUAACAUAACAACAAAUUCCUCCUUUUCAUAUAAGAGAAAAAAAAUUUAUUUAUAGUAAGUUGGUGAUCUUAUAGAAUCUAUAUUUACUGUUAUUUUCUCACAUCGCCAUUUGCAAGGCAUCAAGCUAUAGCUUCCACCUGAAUCAUUUGAUUUUUUACAUAAAAUUACUUAAUAAAUUAAUGCAAAAAAAAGCCAACUAAAAGUUUACUGCUAAGCUUCUGAUUAUAAGUUCGCUAAUUCAAGCAAGGUAUCAGACUACUUUUAGUUUUUGGCUUAAAUCCCUCAUUUAGCUCACAUAAGCUAAUACGCUAUUCCAAUUAGAACAGAAGAUGCUGCUAAUAACCUCAAUUUUAUACUUAAAAAAGUUUAAUCAGCUUGUCUUAAUUUAAUUACUGUACUCCCAUAAUUUAAUUUUGAGUUUUAUUUCUCUAAUUUAAAACAUCUAAAUUUGGAACUCAGUAUUGAUCCUUAAAUGUUUUCAAAUUAAAAUCUUGAAAAUCUACUUUUAAGUUUGAAAGAAGCAAAAAUGUUAACUUCUCUUAAAUUAUACUUUUACAAUUGUGUGUAUUAUCCUGCUUAAGAAACUCCGAAAAGCUAAGCAUUUAACUAAUUAACGGAAAUCAAAAGAGAAGAAAAUUCAGAAAUUAAAGGAGAGACUCAUAGAAAUAAUGUAUUUACUACUAAAAUAAAAAAUUAAUUUGAUGGCUAAUAACAAGUAACACAAAAUAUUAACUAGAAUCUUAACACCUAUACACAUACUCCUAUUUAAAAAGUAAAUAGUAUGAAAUUAUUUGACAAUCUUUCUGAAUUAACUGAGCUUGAAGACUUUAACAUUACAAUUCAAGCAACCUAAGAAAUAUAUGAUAGCUUGCAUAAACUUUUGAUAAAAUCAAUAAGAUUAAAGAAAUUCUAAUUAAAAUUAAAUUAAGCAUAAAAGUAAAAUAAAAUUGUUGACUUGGGAAAUAUUUAUAAAACCUUGAAUGACUUAAAGUAGGUAUCUGUGAAGAUUGAAACUGAAAAUAUUUGCGUUUCAUACUAACUUCUGAAUGAGUAUUCUAAUUUUUAUUUCUUUGACUUAAAAUUAAGCUAAGAAUCAAAUGAAUUUAAAUAAAUUUUCAAUUAAUAUGAAUUUUAAUUUGAGAAUAUAAAAUAAAUAAGAAUUUAAUAGAAAUAUUUAGAAAAUUUAGAAAAUUUGAAUGUUUUAUGCAAAUCUUUAUCUUCUUGCGAUUCAUUAAAGAAUAUUUAGCUUAUUGUUCAUUUAAAUUACAAUCAUAAUUUACUCAAAAAUAUCUAGAGAUAGCCUAUCAACAUGCCUGAAUUACUUUUUUUCAAAUAAUUUGAAUAUCUUAAGUAGUUAGAAAAUAUUUAUAUUGACUGUGUCGUUGAUUAACACAUACUGAACUCUAUAUCUGAAUUCUUAGAAAAUUGUUAACUCAUUAAGUCAUUUAUUUUGAAAAAGUAAGAUGUACCAUAAUAUUAUCUUGACUAUUCAAAUAUUUUUAAAAGUCUUCAGAAAUUACCUUAACUAAAUUAAGUUUUCGUAAGCUAUUAAUCGGAGUAUCUAAAAAUUAGUGAUAAACAUAAAUAAGCAUGGGAAAAGCAUAAGCUAAACACUUUCUACUAGCCAUUGUGCGAAUUUAUCAAAGAAUCAUCUUAAACUCUUUAGCUAAUAGAUCUGGAUGAAAGAUAGAUAGAUGAUUAACCCUUAACAAAAAUAUUGUAAUCUCUUAUCGACUCAAAAUUUCAUCACUAUGUAAGAAUAAAUCCUUUUUUACAAUAAACAAUCAUUUAGUAAAAAGAUAAAAAAUAUUACUAGCUUCUCGAAGCAUGUAACUAAAAAGGACUUUUAGUUUAAGGCUAUUUUAAAUUCCCUCUAAGUUAGCCGACUGAUCCUUACUGA